AUGGGGGAUAUCCCGGAAAAGUUCCUCUUAAGCCGGUUUUUGGUUUUUACAGUGUUUAGUCAACUGAGCAGUUAUGCUGCUGUAGUCGAGGGUGGAGAUACUCUUUCCUUGGGCGCCUCAAUUACUGGAAAUCAGACAAUAAUUUCAGAGAAUGGCACAUUUGAAUUGGGGUUCUUCAGCCCAAAUGGAACCACUAACUGGUAUAUAGGCAUCUGGUAUGCCAAUAUAACAGAGAAGACUAUUGUUUGGGUGGCUAACAGGGAGAAUCCCGCGAGAAAUAGGUCUGGGGUUUUGAAGCUGUCAAAGGAAGGUGAUCUCGAACUGUUCGAUGCAGAGGGCGCCUCUCUUUGGUCGGCCGACACAUCGAACAAGGCCUCCCGAGCUGUGAUAUUAGACUCUGGUAAUUUGGUAAUGCUCAGUGAUGAAAAUAAAUUUGAAACUGUUUGGCAGAGUUUCGACUAUCCUGUUGGCACCUUGUUGCCAGGGAUGAGGUUCGGUGGACAGCAAAAGCUAGUCUCUUGGAAAAGUUCAUUGGAUCCUGCUCCUGGGCUUUUCUCGUAUCAGUCAGAUCCAUCAGGGGUCAAACAAUUGGUGCUGAUAUGGAACAGUUCUGUACAGUAUUGGGGAAGCGGAACUUGGGACGGCAAUGCUUUCAGUCAAAUUCCAGAAAUGAGAAACAAAGUUUUCUACAAUAUCAGCGUAGAAAAUACAAACUCUGCUUUGUAUGUCACAUAUACAUCGAUGGGUAUCAAGAAUGCGCUCUCACGUUUUGUCCUAGUUAAUUCUGGAGGAACGCAACUAUAUGGCCUGCUUGAUGACGCUAAAUGGAGCUUGUAG